UUCUGGUGACUUUGCAACACUUUUCAAAAACAAGCCAGUCAUUUCGAGCGGCUUUUCUUGUAAAAAAGUUACUUAAAUUUAAUUGUGACAAAUUUAAGGAUCAAGAUGUCUCCCGACUUUGACUUUACCGAUACGCCUGUCAGCACCGGCACCACCAUUAUGGCCGUGGAGUUCGACGGCGGAGUAGUCAUUGGAGCUGAUUCCCGCACCAGUUCAGGUGCAUAUGUCGCCAAUCGAGUCACUGACAAGCUGACCCGCAUCACAGACAAAGUUUAUUGCUGCCGCAGCGGAUCCGCAGCCGACACCCAGGCAAUUGCCGACAUUGUGGCCUACUCUCUAAACUACCACGAGAACCAGACCGGCAAGGACGCUCUGGUCUUCGAGGCCGCCUCCGAGUUCCGCAACUACUGCUAUAGCUACCGCGACUCCCUGCUCGCCGGCAUCAUUGUAGCUGGCUGGGAUGCACAGCGCGGCGGUCAGGUCUACAGCAUCCCCUUGGGCGGCAUGCUAACCCGCGAGUCGUGCACCAUUGGCGGUUCUGGCUCUAGCUUCAUUUACGGUUUCGUGAGGGAGCACUACCGCCCCAACAUGUCGCAGGAGGAUUGCGUGGAGUUUGUCAAGAAGGCUGUUCAGCACGCCAUUUAUCACGACGGCAGCUCCGGUGGUGUGGUGCGCAUUGGCAUUAUCACCAAGGAUGGAAUUGAGCGUCGCAUUUUCUACAACACAGAAUCGGGUGCCUCAGAGGUCUCUAGUACUCCCAGCUUUGUAUCCGCGAAAUAGAUAAAGAACGCUCCGAAUUAAGGUCGAUCAGAGUAAAACUCUGUCUUAUUCAAAUAAACUUGGUUUUUGUAAUAUGGA